AUGGUAAGGGACGAUGAAGCUGCACAAGAAGAACAAGACAUGUCAAUCACUGAUGAUGACAUCAUCCGCAUCACUGCUUCGGAGGGCAUUCCUAUCUGGACAGUGGACAUCCCCGUGUGGGUUGUGGAUCUCCGUCAUGAGCUGACGCACAGGAAGCUGCUGCAGCUGGCCCUGUGCCGCAAGGGUUGUGAUGUUGUGCUGGACUGGCUACGAAAGAUGUAUUGGAGCCAUCAGCUGGGCAAUAACUUGUGUGAAGAAGAUGAGGAUGAUGAAGAAGAGCAGGAAGAGGUGGAAGCAAAUGCAGAGUUGGACAGUGAUGCAUGGGAGAUUCAAACCCCGCAGUAUGAGACCUGUCAGAAACACAAGGAAUUCCAUGAAAAAGUCAGAGAUGUUCUGAUAUCUUACAAGAAUGAGCAGUUCCGGGUUAUGCAGACUAUGCCAUCUGUUUCAAAGUCUCAAGAAUCGUGGUCUGAUUCCUCUUCAGAAGUGGACAGGAUUUUGGCUCAGAUCAAAGUCCUGAUGCAGGAAAACAAGGAGACAGUGGCUGAAGCUCUUCUCAGUGAUGGUUUUCUCAUCCCAAAGAUGGAUUGUCUGAAGUUGCUAAAUAUGAAGUGUGAAGCAAAUAAAGAGGCAUGGCAAUUCAAAAUUCCCCCAACAUUUUACUGCUUUAAACAGCCUUUGCUGUCAGGCCUCCUUUCAUUAAGUUUUACACAGAUCCUAAUAGAGAAAAUGUUUAUAGAGUUGAAGGAAUGUUCUGACUCUUCAGAACUCCGGCCUCAGUUCUUGAUCAGCUGGAUUUCUGAGUUGCUGACUGGCAUUGCCAAGGUAAACACUGGAAAAAAACAACAACCAUGUAACAAGCAGGUGUCUGUGAAGGAACUAUUCUUCCAUAAAGUUCCUUUGCAGUGGAUAAAACUGACCGACAGUUGCUUGCAAGCUCCCUGCUGAGCAACCCCACAUCUUCUUCAGCUGAUCCUCACAAUCAUGAAACUCUUGCUACGUUCUUCUCAGAAGAACAUCCUCUAUCUUGCUUCCAUUUACACAGAAGGAGGUGCCCCUUUGUCUAGUCCAGGCCUCUCUUCAGAUGGCAGUGAACAGCCAAUUUAUACUAUAGAGAGCUUACAGUGGAGAGCUGGGCAAGAAAAUCAGGUUAAAAAUCAAGGGCAGACUGUAGAGAAACAAGAGUGCCAGAGAGACAAUGGUGUAGAGGAAGUGGAAGAGGAGGAAGAAGAGAUGGUGACUGAAACAAAUCCUUUGGAAGGACUUUCUCAUUCUGGUAUCAUGGUGGCUAUUGAUGAGAAAAGGGCAGCACUACAAGGGUCCGCCUGGCAGAUCACUGCAGGUGAAGUACAAUGGAAAGACUUUCCUCUUGGCAAACUCCCAGGUCAGACAGAUGACCCUGAUGGUCUCAUGUUGGAUAAUUAUUCUAUGAUGUCCCUGCUUGAUCAGCCAGUGAGGGAUGAGUGGAAGUCUCUCAAUACAAAUUCUGCAGAACUGAAUAUUCCUAUGACAGGAGGAUUGUUAUGGACCCUGAAUGACUUCCAUAAAAUAAAAAGUGGCCUUCAGUUUUUCUGAGACAGCA